ACGAGUUAGAACUGCUGAUGUUGACCAGCUCUCGCGAACUCUCGGGGCGGACGUUGGGACCAUAAUAUCUAUUUAUCACUCUCCGCUCGCAUGUUUUGAUUCCUGAAAGUUGCUUUCAGUGGACUGCUUUGUAAAAUGUCGGCUGUGACGCCGCCUGUAAACGACCGGUGUGUUUUUCAUCGACGUGAAUUUGAAGAGCUGCCGUCAGUGAACCAGAGAGGAGGAAGGCACAUCGCUCAACCUGUCCACGGUGCGAGGCAGACCGCACAACACCACCAGCGACACCGGGUGGAUGGCAGCCAGACCCAACCUCGACCGCCCAGCGAUCCCACUGCCAGAUGGCCCCAUGUGGACGACCCCACCACCAGAGAGCCCCAGCUGGACGACUGCGAGCGGAUGGGGACUCUGUUUGGGAUGCUAAACAAGUGUCUUCGGGGGAUGGGCUUUAGCCAGAUGUACUUUGGGGACAAGAUAGUGGAGCCAGUAGUGAUUGUCUUCUUCUGGCUGCUGCUCUGGUUCCUGGGUAUUCAGGCCCUGGGACUGGUGGGAACUCUGUGCAUCAUCAUCAUCUACAUCCAGAAGUAAUGAGAGCUUGUGAUCAAUGGAGCCUGCUGUUUUCUUUGGUUAAUACUUGCACAUGCUGGACUCAUUUAAUUCUAAUGGAUGUUUGGAUUGAAAUAUGCAGUGGAUCUGUGCUUAAGGGGGACGUCUUGGAGAGGUCUGUAGUGAUAGAGGCUGAUGGUGGUUUUAAAGCUUGUUCAGUGAGGAGUCUUCAGUGUCUGGUCUGGAGCUUCUGCCUCAGUAAAAAGGAGUGGAGCUGUCCUGCUGCCUCUGUUCACAUGACAUAAAUGGUGUUGAUCACUUGAUUUAAAACAAAAACAAAAAACAGGAAGAUAUUAUGGGAAAUGGUUUGUUUGUAUAUGAGUCAGAAGCUACAGAGUGAAAGCCAAAAGUCUCAGUGCUCAGGAAUCAGAACUGCACACUUUUCUGUGUGUCUGUUAAUGUGUGCAAGUGCAGCAGUAAUAUGACUCCAAUAAUCAUAAGGAACAGUGUCUGAAAAUACAUACAGGAUAUGUUACGUUCUUGUGAAACCUUUUCUCUUUAGAAUUUUUACUUUGCAAGACACUAGGGAUGCACAGUUUUUUAUGAUAAACGGAAAAAUUGAAUUAUUGCCCUGAAAUCACACAUUGGUGCAUCUCUAAUAGAUACAGGUGGAAAUCAUCUUCUGAAGGGGGUGGACAGAAACGUGUGAUAUUGAUGAUUUCUCACAUUCAUGGGAAGAUAAGAAAUUGGGAAAGUAAAUGUUUUCAACAGAUACAGUUUAAUUCAGGUAUUCUUGUGUCAACUCUUGUUACAAAGCUUAACUUUUACACUGGAUGGAAACAACAUAUGUAUGGUCUUCCAGUUUGUCUGCUGGUGUGGCCUCACAACAUUUCAUGUUAGACUGACAUACUUAACCUUCACUGAGUAAAUGGAAUACACAACUUUUAUUCAUACAAUAUCAGUAUCAGCAUAUCAGACUAGAUAUUGUGUCUUGGAGUUUUGUUUAUAUAUUGAAAUACCUUCAGUUUGUGUUUUUAGUCUGGAUUAACAUUUAUGUUUUAGUUGAGUGGCGUUAACACUAAAUGCCCCUGUGUAAUCACCAUAUCUGGUUGGGUUUAAGUGUUAGGUGGUAAUAGUCUUCAAGACUGGGAACACACUGCCUGCGUGGCGUGUGCGUGGUGACUGCGGAACAUCUUGGGUCUCGUUUUGGCGCCUAUCUUAACAGGUUAGAGUGACUGCGUAUCACUGCGGUUCCCUGAAUCUGAUUAUGAAAUGAAAACAUAUAAAUAUUAUAUUUUUUUAACCAUUUUAGCAGCUGCAUGUGGAGAGACUGGCAUUUUAGUGACGUUUUCUGUUAAAAAAUAAAUCAGAAAUUAAUUUAUAAUGAAAAGAAAUCCAACAUUGGAGCAGCUGGCUGCUGGCCAUUGUCCAAGGCAAACUCUAUAACAGAUAGAGCUGACAGGAGCAGUGACGCAGCACACACACCGUCAGUAUGAACACUGAAACACAUACAUGCAAGCUGCAGCAGUUCAGCGACACAGCCAUCAUGCACACAUAACACAGGCAGUGUGUUCCCGACAUAAAGAGGACCUAUUUUGGGUGGAGUGUAAUUGGUUGGCAGAAAGUGACAGUCAGCGGUGUCAGAUGUCAGUUUUCGAUACGGAUCAACUGGUCGCCUUCUCCAAUUAUUUUAAUGGUUUGUCAGUAGAGGAUAAAGUUAAACAAGUGGAUCGGGGAAUAAAGUCUGAACUCUCUGGAUCUAUGAAUGCCUCCUCUGUAAGACAUUCUCAGUCAUUAAUGCCAGUGAUAUUACGUGGUCCCAAGGCUUAGCUAAAGUUUGCACAAUUGACUAGACUGUGCCAUUUUGAAGGCUUCCUCAAAUGCAGCCUAGAAAUGUGUCCUUCUUUUUCUGGGCCACGAAGGCUCCCACAGGUGGAUCCUUCGUGGUCCAACGUAUCCCAUGAUUCAUUGCUUGUUGGUGAAGAAAAUAAUAAACCAACAGAGAGCCUGAGGAUUACACUGUUAAACGGUACAACUGUUAAAAAACCAAGGACCUCAAAACCUCAAGUUGUUAUAUACAAAAUUUACAUGUUGUCAAGGUUGCUAGGUGACAGGAGUGGCGCUUUGUGACGCAACGGUAAGGGGUGGGCAGCAGAUGAUGCAAAUCCUCAAUUUGACUGUCUCAUUUCGGUGUGGCCUUCAUGGUCUACAACAGCUAGACCACAUCCUUUGAAGAACGCAGCCCCUGAAUUGGGACACAGCUAUAUUGUUAAGUAAAUGUCAUAUCACUGAUAUAAUAUCACCGUAUGUCCCUUUCAUUCAUUAAAUGUUUGCAUCAAUACUGAGUGAUGCUGUAGUUUAACUGUCUAUGAGCACUUUGGUUUGUUUACAGGCUACUUCUGCUUACAUGCUAAUGUUGCUAACAUUGGUCAAUGGUGUUUACCAUUUUGAAUUAGCCUACUGAGAAUGCCAGCUUUGUGGCUGCUGCUGUUAAUAAUUUAUUGUUAUUAACUCCAUAAUUUGAUUUUUCCUUUGUGUGAGUUUUCAUCAGUUCAUUCAGUUUAAUGACUUGUAAUCAUUAUCUCGCCUAAAAGGUCACCUUUUUAUUGUUUACUCCUAUUCUGACAUCCAACAAUACUAUAAAACAUUUGUUUCCUUAUUCUGGGAUUUCACCCAUUUCACUCUACUUACUGUAAAAUGCUGACGGUCAACAUUUUACAGAUAUGCUCAGAAUACACCCAUUUACCAUUUCCUCCAAAACUGUUCAAUCUAAUGCAAAAUAUCUGCCUAUGAAUGUAGACUAAUUCUUCAGUUGAUACAGGUUGAAGGAAAAUUAGUAAGAUAAAUAUCUACUAGUAUGGGAGAAUGUAAAGGUAAAGGUAAAUUGUAAAGGUUGUCUCAGGUAGUUUUUACAGUUGAAUAUUCUUCACUCCUCUGUUGAUGUUUGUCACAUUAUCACACACUGUAUUCUCACUGAGUUUAAAGAUAACUACUGAGUUUUCCAGGAGAAACAUCAUCACUGUACAGUAUGUUCACUGCUCUUUUACCGUAGCCAUGCUGCAUUUGUCUUUCUUUUAAGAAUCCAUAAUCAAUUAUUUUGGACAUAAAUUUCUGUUUAUGAGGCUUUUGUGUUUAGAGUUUCCUCUGUACCUACAAAGGAAAUGUUGAAUCUAAAUGUUGAAUUGCACUGUGAAGGAAUAAAGAUGAGUGUGUUCCUGAAAAUGA